AUGGAGGUGCGUUUUGAGUCGACUCGCAAGUCACUCGACUCAUUCUCGCCCCGCCCAUUCUCCCUCUUUCCAUCACCCCGCCCCAUUCUCCCGCUUUCCAUCACCCCACCCCAUUCUCCCGCUUUCCAUCACCCCGCCCCAUUCUCCCUCUUUCCAUCACCCCGUCCCAUUCUCCCACUUUCCAUCACCCCGCCCCAAUCUCCCUCUUUCUAUCACCCCGCCCCAUUCUCCCGCUUUCCAUCACCCCGCCCCAUUCUCCCCCUUUCCAUCACCCCGCCCCAUUCUCCCGCUUUCCAUCACCCCGCCCCAUUCUCCCGCUUUCCAUCACCCCGUCACAUUCUCCCUCUUUCCAUCACCCCGCCCCAAUCGACCACUUUCCAUCACCCCGCCCCAUUCUCCCUAUUUCCAUCACCCCUCCCCAUUCUCCCGCUUUCCAUCGCCUCGCCCCAUUCUCCCGCUUUCCAUCACCCCGCCCCAUUCUCCCGCUUUCCAUCACCCCGCCCUAUUCUCCCUCUUUCCAUCACCCCGCCCCAUUCUCCCGCUUUCCAUCACCCUGCCCCAUUCUCCCGCUUUCCAUCACCCCGCCCCAUUCUCCCGCUUUCCAUCACCCCGCCCCAUUCUCCCGCUUUCCAUCACCCCGCCCCAUUCUCCCGCUUUCCAUCACCCCGCCCCAUUCUCCCUCUUUCCAUCGCCCCGCCCCAUUCUCCCUCUUUCCAUCGCCCCGCCCCAUUCUCCCGCUUUCCAUCGCCCCGCCCCAUUCUCCCGCUUUCCAUCGCCCCGCCCCAUUCUCCCGCUUUCCAUCGCCCCGCCCCAUUCUCCCGCUUUCCAUCGCCCCACCCCAUUCUCCCGCUUUCCAUCGCCCCGCCCCAUUCUCCCGCUUUCCAUCACCCCGCCCCAUUCUCCCGCUUUCCAUCACCCCGCCCCAUUCUCCCUCUUUCCAUCACCCCGCCCCAUCCCGCUUUCCAUCACCCCGACUUAUUUUCCAUCUUUCCAUCACCCCGCCCCAUUCUCCCUCUUUCCAUCGCCCCGCCCAUUCUCCCGCUUUCCAUCACCCCGCCUCAUUCUCCUGCUUUCCAUCACCCCUCCCCAUUCUUCCGCUUUCCAUCACCCCGCCCCAUUCUCCAGCUUUCCAUAACCCCGCCCCAUUCUCCCGCUUUCCAUGACCCCGCCUCAUUCUCCCUCUUUCCAUCGCCCCGCCCCAUUCUCCCGCUUUCCAUCGCCCCGCCCCAUUCUCCCGCUUUCCAUCGCCCCGCCCCAUUCUCCCGCUUUCCAUCACCCGGCCCCAUUCUCCCGCUUUCCAUCACCCCGCCCCAUUCUCCCGCUUUCCAUCACCCCGCCCCAUUCUCACGCUUUCCAUCACCCCGCCCCAUUCUCCCUCUUUCCAUCACCCCGCCCCAUUCUCCCUCUUUCCAUCACCGCGCCCCAUUCUCCCGCUUUCCAUCACCUCGCCCCAUUCGCCAUCUUUCCAUCACACUGCCCCAUUCUCCCUCUUUCCAUCACCCAGCCCCAUUCUCCCGCUUUCCAUCACCCAGCCCCAUUCUCCCUCUUUCCAUCACCCCGCCCCAUUCACCCUCUUUCCAUCACCCCGCCCCAUUCUCCCUCAUUCCAUCACCCCGCCCCAUUCUCCUGCUUUCCAUCACCCCGCCCCAAUCUCCCGCUUUCCAUCGCCUCGCCCCAUUCUCCCGCUUUCCAUCGCCCCGCCCCAUUCUCCCGCUUUCCAUCACCCCGCCCCAUUCUCCCUCUUUCCAUCGCCCCACCCAUUCUCCCGCUUUCCAUCACCCCGCCUCAUUCUCCCGCUUUCCAUCGCCCCUCCCCAUUCUUCCGCUUUCCAUCACCCCGCCCCAUUCUCCCGCUUUCCAUCACCCCGCCCCAUUCUCCCUCCUUCCAUCACCCCGCCCCAUUCUCCCGAUUUCCAUCACCAAACCCCGUUCUCCCGCUUUCCAUCACCCCGCCCUAAUCUCCCUCUUUCCAUCACCCCACCCCAUUCUCCUGCUUUCCAUCACCCCGUCCCAUUCUCCCGCUUUCCAUCACCCCACCCCAUUCUCCCGCUUUCCAUCACCCCGCCCCAUUCUCCCUCUUUCCAUCACCCCGCCCCAAUCUACCGCUUUCCAUCACCCCGCCCCAUUCUCCCUCUUUCCAUCCCCCAGCCCCAGUCUCCCGCUUUCUAUCACCCCGCCCCAUUCUCCCGCAUUCCACCACCCCGCCCCAUUCUCCCUCUUUCCAUCACCCAGCCCCAUUCCCCCGCUUUCCAUCACCCAGCCCCAUUCUCCCGCUUUCCAUCACCCCACCCCAUUCUCCCGCUCUCCUUCACCCCACCCCGUUCUCCCGCUUUCCAUCACCCCGCCCCAUUCUCCCUCUUUCCAUCGCCCCACCCCAUUCUCCCGCAUUCCAUCACCCCGCCCCGUUCUCCCGCUUUCCAUCACCCCGCCCCGUUCUCCCGCUUUCCAUCACCCCGCCCCGUUCUCCCUCUUUCCAUCACCCCGCCCCAUUCUCCCGCUUUCCAUCACCCCGCCCCAUUCUCCCUCUUUCCAUCACCCCGCCCCAUUCUCCCUCUUUCCAUCACCCAGCCCCAUUCUCCCGCUUUCCAUCACCCCGCCCCAUUCUCCCGCUUUCCAUCACCCCACCCCAUACUCCCGCUUUCCAUCACCCCGCCCCAUUCUCCCGCUUUCCAUCACCCCGCCCCAUUCUCCCGCUUUCCAUCUCCCCGCCCCAUUCUCCCUCUUUCCAUCGCCCCGCCCCAUUCUCCCUCUUUCCAUCACCCCGCCCCAUUCUCCUGCUUUCCAUCGCCCCGCCCCAUUCUCCCGCUUUCCAUCGCCCCGCCCCAUUCUCCCGCUUUCCAUCACCCCCCCCCAUUCUCCCGCUUUCCAUCACCCCGCCCCAUUCUCCCGCUUUCCAUCACCCCGCCCCAUUCUCCUGCUUUCCAUCACCCCGCCCCAUUCUCCCUCUUUCCAUCACCCCACCCCAUCCCGCUUUCCAUCACCCCGACUUAUUUUCCAUCUUUCCCUCACCCCGCUGUUGGUGCAACCCUACGGUUUGCACUCGGCUUAUUGUCCGUGUGCGUGA